CUCGCACAUUAUGGCCAAGAGCACUUUCGAAUAUGUGCGCCGAUUUGAAUCGUUUGAUCACUGCUUACCACAUUCUUGGAUCGUAGUUCGAAUAGACGGACAGGGAUUCGGUAAGUUUACAGAGAAACACGGAUUCCAGAAACCGAACGACAAACGGGGUCUGCGUUUGGCAUGUCGAGCAGCCGAGCGUGUAAUGCAGCGCCAUUCGGACAUUAUACUAGCCUACGGACAGUCAGAUGAAUUCAGCUUCGUCUUCCAACGUUCUACUGACAAGUUCAAUCGGCGUGCUAGCAAGCUCUCCAGCACAGUGGUUUCCCUAUUCGCUUCCUCGUAUGUAUUCGAGUGGACAAACUUCUUUCCCGACGUGAAGCUGCUUUACCCACCGGCGUUUGACUCACGUGUCGUACUCUAUCCCACUAACAGGACACUUCGAGACUAUUUGAGUUGGAGGCAAGCAGACUGUCAUAUCAAUAAUUUGUACAAUACUUGUUUCUGGAAACUCGUUCAAGAAGGCUCUUUGACAACUACUGAAGCAGAAGAACGAUUGCGGGGCACACUUUCAAGUGAUAAAAAUGAAAUACUGUUCUCUGAGUUUGGAUGUAACUAUAACAACGAACCGGAACUAUUCCGCAAGGGAACCACACUUUACCGGAAUAAAGACGCAAAAGGCGCGGUAGAGCAAGCCAACAUUGAUAUCAUCAAAGAUGCCUUUUGGCAGGCUCAUCCAGAGCUUCUCGAACCAGAUUGAUGAUGUAUUUAUUUAUACAUGCAUGUAUAUGAAAUGAAUACUUGAUGAUACGUCUUGUCGUUUUUUGCAAGUCCAAUUUUUACUAUUAUAUGAAGCACAGUGGGGUAUGGCUCCGAAAGGAAUAAAACUGCAAAGUGUAUCUAUUUACACAUUUAUUAGGAGUUCUACAUGCCGCCUUUUAGUCGCCGUUGCCUCAUCCGUUCCAGUUCCAAUUGUAGCAUAUCGUUACCGGAACCCCAAGAAGGACGUCCGAAGCUAGGACAAUUGUGGGUCGGAGUCCACGAACCCUUGAUUUGACGAGGAUGGUAAACCGGGGGCGGAUCACCUUCGCGGAGCCGGAUGUAUAAAUUGGCGUAGUGGUAAUUGUUUGCUGAAAGAUGUCCACGCACACCUUUGUAGAGACGUGGGACACCGCGCCCUCGGCAAACAUGAACAGUCUCUG